AUGACCGCCCAUGCCGGCAGCUGGCAAGACCUCAUUGCCCUACGCCUCACGGAGAGGGACGCAAGGGAGAAGGCUCACGACGACAUCAUUGCCAAUUAUCGGAAGCUCGCUGAACAUGCCAGGACGCUGCAGGCCCGCAAUCAGAGUAUGCUUCAGGCAGCUGGAGUAGGCUCCGCUUCGGGGGCACCAGCCAUUGUAAAGAGCGCUUCCACGACCAGUACAGCUCACAGCAGUGCCGAAAGGGAUGCUUCACCAGAUCACAAUGCGAUCCGCCAAAGCUACAUCACCUCUCUCGAAUCUCAACUUUCUACUACAAGGGACGAGCUCGCUUCGGUAUACAAGACGCAGUCGCAGAACGCUCAACGGUUGCUCGUCCUGAAUGAGCAAAUGAGGGAGAAGGAAGAGGCCGGCAAGGGGGAGGCUAUAGAGCUCAGGAGCCUCAGAGAUGAGAGAGAGCGGAUGAUGAGGAGAGAGAGGGAUCUGAGGGAUGCGGCUGGGGAGAAGGACAAGGUCAUCGAGAUGCUCCAAGACGAGCUACGAACCCUCUCCCUCGAGCUGCACCAAGUGGAGUCGAGAAAUGAUGAUCUGAAGCGGGACAAUGCCAGUCUGCUGCAGCGCUGGCUGGACCGAGCGAGGGACGAGGCAGACAAGGUGAACGAGGCCAACAGAUAUAUUGAAGAGGUGGAGAAGCGGAGGAAGGGACACAGCAGAGAGACCGAGGAGUGA